AUGGCGCGUGCAGACCGGGAUAGUCCCUACAAUCGGAGCCCAUCGCGCCAAGAAGAGCACCCUACAGUCAAGCCGCGCAAGUCGAUCAAGUCGUUCAGCAUCAAGCUUGAACAUGCGCGUCCACGCGUCAUGCUUCUCGCAUCCUGCAUGGUCUAUCUCACUACCACUCUCUUAGCCUUUCAGAUCAGUGUUGUCAGUGUCUCCAACCUGGUGUGGCCUGAGUACCAGCGAGUACACGACCAGCUUCAAGCGCAAUCGAGUGCCCUCCACAAGGAGCAGGUGGUCUAUGCCCGGCUGAAUGGUGUUCUCUCUGGUCAGCUGAGCCGAAAUUUCAUGGAGACUUACGAAGACUGCCUUGUUCGCGGGCUCAAGAAGGCAGACCGCGAACUCAUCGGUCUUGGUUUCCGGUAUCCUGACGUCCGCGAGCAGGUCAUGGACUGGACAAUGGAGAACUGUGGAAGACUGCAGUAUGCACCACAGGUCGUGAACGAAGAGCCAACCCCACAGGAGGCUGUCUUGACGUAUUGGGCAAGCGUAAGCUAUCGCGCCCGUAAAAUCGCCGCGGAAGCCCUUGGGUUUGUCAAGCAAAAGCUUGGCUGGGUUUGGGGUCGUCUUUUUGGCCCCACUGAACCUGAAGAUGCUUCUCUUCGUACUGAGAGCGCGACCACCGACGACUUCGCCACCAACGAUUAUGUCUCCGAACGUAUUCUACCCGAAGUUCCAUUUGGAUUCGCUCUGGAUUGCAAUCCAGACCAGCCUUGUCGUCUCUUUUACCCAGAAGAGUUGGUUACGCAUUACGACAAGCCAAGCGUCUCACCAGAAGUCCUGAAGCAUCUGGAACAACGGAACACCAAGCUGCUUGCUUUCGGCACCACUCUCGAUCGCAUUGGUACAGCCAUCACUAAAGUAUCAUGCGUGGUAACCUACUCCAAGAUACUCUUUCUCUUCCUUUCCGCCGUCACAUUUCUCAGCAGCAUCAGUUCUGAGACCGAGCCGUCACUCAUAAAUCCAAGAGAGGAAGCCAUGUAUCUGGUCAAGUCGAUGAUGCUCGAGCACCUCUCUUCAGCGGCAAUCUUCACACUCGACACGUACCCACACAUGCUCCCUGAUAUCAGGACUGCCAUAAUAUUUGGCUGUUUCAUGACUGCUCUAGGCCUGAACAUGGCUCUGAGAUUCCUCCUCUCUAGCUCGCAGGUGGAAACUCUCUCCAAUCUCUACAGCACAACCAAAGACCUGUGUUUGCUCGUACUAGGCCGCGAAAUACCUGUCGAGGAGAACACGGAGGUCGCCUCCACAGCUGGCGACGACAGUAAAAAAGAACAGAGCAGCAGGACCAAAGACAAAGCACCACCAGAGAAGCGAAGCCCAUUCACUUCCUACAGAUCACGCCCACGUAUACCAUCCAAACCCCACCACCGCCUCGCAGACCCUACAACAACAGUACAAGAAGAUAUUGAGAGUUUGCGUAAAGCCAGACACAAAAACGACACUCGGCAUGUAGCUACCGACUCCGACUCCGACUCGGAUGCCGACAGCGACGCUUUUGUCAAUCUCGCUGCAGACCUCGCGACUGGAACCGAUUACCUCGCUGAACCAGAUUGGUCUUGGAUCGACCGCUGA